AUGUAUCGCCAGAUCUCACUGCAUCCUAGCGAUCGAACAUAUCAACGGAUACUCUGGCGACUGAAAAACUCACCCGAGCUGCUAGAGAUGCUAUUUACGACAGUCACCUACGGACUAGCGAGCUCGCCAUUCCAAGCAAUCCGAACGAUGCGACAACUCGCCAAGGACGAGCGACAUGCCUACUCUCGGGCAGCGUCCAUUCUGGAGGAGGAGACAUACGUCGACGACGUACUCUCCCGAGCGGACACCGAAGACGACGCAAGGGAACUCGUCCACGAACUAACUUCACUGUGCAUGGCGGGCGGCUUUCCGCUACGAAAGUGGGCGGCGAACAAAGCCGUGAUACUCAAGGACGUGCCAACAGAGCACAGGCAAGUGAAGGACUUCGACCUCUGGGAUCAGAACGCCAGUCACGCCACGCUAGGCGUGCAAUGGCACCCACAGAAUGACACCUUCGGCUUCAAGGUCCGGCCGGUGGAAACCACAAGCAUCACGAAGCGAACAGCCCUCUCACACACAGCUCGACUGUUCGAUCCACUCGGCUGGUUGGCCCCAGCAAUCAUCCUAGCCAAAAUGCUGAUCCAGACUGCCUGGCUGCAACAUCUCGAUUGGGACGAGCCUCUCCCCCCUCGAGAUCAGCAGGAUUGGCAACAACUUCUACGCGAACUGCCGAUGGUCGAAGCAAAGCGGAUCCCGAGAUGGCUGCACACGGGCAGCUCCAGCUCUCGUCUGGAAAUCCAUGGCUUUGCAGACGCAUCGGAGAGAGCGUAUGCGGCGGUCAUAUACCUGAAGGCGAGCACAGACGGCGGGCGGAGCGUGGUCACUCUCCUCACCGCCAAGAGCAAGGUCGCGCCCGUCAAACGGGUUACCUUGCCACGCCUCGAGCUCAGCGCUGCAGCCAUGCUGACUAGGCUGGCGGCGAGAGCGCAGGAAACACUGAAGCUCGUGGUGUCGCAAAUUCAUUUAUACUCGGACUCCAAAGUGACGCUGGCAUGGAUUCGGGGGCACCCCUCUCGCUGGACAACAUACGUCGCCAACCGGGUGGCGGAGAUACAGCAGCUGCUACCGGAGGCAGUAUGGCAUCACGUGCCAAGCCGGGACAACCCCGCGGACUGCGCCUCACGUGGAAUGCAGCCCAGUGAGCUGGUGGAGUUCGGACUGUGGUGGCAAGGACCAUCGUGGCUGACGGAGAACGCACCACUCCCACUACGGACCUCGCCGCGCCUGGCAGAGGACGAGGUUCCCGAGAAGCGGGCACACAUUAACACAGUGACCAUAAAGCCACCCGAAUCGGAUAUGCUGCUUCGAUUUUCAACGCUGCGACGCCUGCUACGCGUCUCAGCAUGGUGCCGACGCUGGUUACGGGCGAUCCAAGAACUGGAAGGCGCCCUGGCGACAUGGAUACGAGAGGCCCAAGCAGCCUGGUUCUCGGAGGAAAUCAAAGCCCUCGAUCGUGACAAGCAGCUUCCGAGGCGGAGCGCAUUGCAACGCCUCAGCCCAUUUCUCGAUCACGACCACGUCCUCAGAGUGGGAGGACGACCGAAGCACGCAAUCUUAAGCGACGAUGAACGACAUCCGGCCAUCCUUCCUCGAGAUUCGUGGCUCACAACGCUGAUCAUCCACGACCAGCAUAGGCGAACGCUCCAUGGAGGCGUUCAGUUAACCCUCGCCUCUCUCCGACAGAGAUUGUGGAUCCCAGGAGGGAGAGCACGAGACGACUCCACCAUGCCAGUGGCCCCUUGCCCGAAUCACCGAGGUGCAUCCAGGCGAGGACGGACAAGUGCGGGUGGUGACAGCGCGAACGGCCACCACGACCCUCACCAGACCGGUGGCAAAAAUCAUCCCGCUUCCACAAACGGGCGACCAACACCAGACAACGUCGUCCUAGGACCAGACGAGGCGGGCGAUAUGACGCGGAGCCAGAGACGACGGAAGCGCCUCUCCUACCCGCCGGUACCUCAGGAGCGGCACACGAAGGAGGCGGAGCCCGCUAAACCGGUGUCGCAGGAGCGGCACCAAGAGCCACCGGCCCUUGUGCAAUCUCGUCUGGCCAACCAGCCAGUGCCGCAGGAGCGGCAGGCAACGAGACGGGAGCUGGACAAGGAACAGGCGAUACGUCCGUGGAAGCUCAUUCCCUUGGAGCUCCCGGAGGUGCGCCGCACCAGGCCAGCCGGACUGACGCUCCCGAAACGGGAUUGCCGCAUUUCUCGGCCACCGGCUCUCCACCUGAUCCGCGUUAAGGAGACGCGAACCACAGCGUGCCAGACGGUGCUCAGGAGAGCUUUCCUGGCUCCGUCAUCGCCAGCGGACCCACCGGAUCAACCGACGGACAAGCCACCUCGCACCCCGGGCUCUAAAAUCGACCUCAAUAACAACUCAGUCCCCUCUGAGCCCCUUGCAAAGAAGGCCAUCCGCCAAAUUAACUUUUAA